AGCAGCAGCAACAGCAACAGCAACCACAGGACAAGGUGAGCCUCACUAUGCCAUCUUCUCCACAACAACAACCAUCACCACCUUCAGUACAGGAAGAAACAACGCCUGCGAAUUCACUGUCACCGCCCAUGUCUCCGUCGUUGCUCAGUAUUGCACAAAGACCUGAACAGCAGCAGCAGCAGCAGCAACAUCGUCAUCAACACACGCCAUCUACCGAUACCGCCUUUAUGCCUCGCACGAGCUCGUUAAACAAUCAGCAUUCGACACCCACUUCUCCUACCUCAGUGAUGGGUGGUCCAAGGAGUAUUCACGAUGCUUUGCUAUCGCCCAUCAAUCAAAGUGCUCCUAACAGCGCUAAAAGAGAACACAAAGACGAGGGAGAGGAGGAGCAAUCGAUGGUUGCGCCUUUGCUAGCAUUUCCAGACUAUUCGUUGCUGUCUGAACUAGGUCAAAAACUGGUCAUUGAAGUACGCCAUUUGAACAAGCAUCGCAAGAUCUUUUGUUCAAUUGAGUAUCCAUUAAGUUUUACUGGCCAAGAAGCUACACAACUCAUUCAAUCCUUUUUGCCCGGCGGGAUAUCGGAUGCCAAUGCGUUACUGGUCGCACGAGCAUUGGUACGCACCUCUCCACCCCUGAUCGGCCCCAUCUCGUACUCGGAAAAGUCUCUCAAGAGAAAUACACUUUAUCCAUCGGAGUAUGAAGUAUACACCUUGUUGGAGGAGGAUCCAGAGAUUCCCCAGGGCGUUUUUACGCCAUUGACACGUUGUUACACUCAAUCAUGUCUACCUGGCCAAGGAGGCUGCUAUGCGCCACUGUGUCCAAAUCGAGAUGUCGAAGAUAACAAUGAAGAGGAUGGGGAAGAUGAUAGCAAGGAAAAGAAAACCAAGGAUGAAGGACUUGGACGACAUAGCUCGAUGAAGUCAAUGACAUCUUCGUCCAUAACGUCUUCGCAUGAUACCACUCUCUCGCGUGCAUGGUCUGCUACAAUGUCUCGUGAAGUGCUCUUGAAUACUCCCAAACAAGAAAUUGCACGGCAGGAGGCUAUCCAUGAAAUCAUCUAUACCGAAGAAGAUUAUGUCAGAGAUCUGAAUUUGCUCGACGAGCUAUUCGCAAAGCCAUUACGAACAGCCCAAUGCCUGGAUGUCGACAUACGUGACGAGUUUUGCGACAACGUAUUCAACAACUACAAAGACCUAUUAGCCAUCCACCGCGAUCUGUGCCGGGACUUGCGCGAUCGCCAAAGCGAAAGCCAAGGUGGUUUUGUUGGCCAUGUGGGCGAUGUCUUCCUGAAGCACUUACCCUCUUUUAUGGAUACAUACAGCCAGUACGGUCCCCAGGUCAUUUUAGCCGAGUAUGCAGUGAAACAGGAAUCCAGCAAGAACAUACUUUUCCAUAACUUUAUCCACGACACAGAAAAGAAGGCCGAAUGCAGAAAGCUUCCGUUCCGCCACUUUUUGAUUCUUCCAGUAACGCGAUUGCAGCGCUAUCCGUUAUUGAUUGGGGCCAUCUUGAAAAAGACGGACGACGAUCAUCCCGACAAGGCAUAUCUGAAUUCAUGCAGCUACAUUUUGCGCGAAGUGGCCACGUGCAUGGACGAAGGCACAGAGGAGACCAAAAAAGCUUUACGUCUCCGCCAGAUCAACGAUGCAAUUCGGUACAAGCCCGGUGAAGAAGAUUCGUACAACCAACUGCAGCUUCUGGAUCCAGAACGACAACUUUUGCAUGAAGGUCCAUUGACACGACGGUCGCAUAUGGGUGUUGAAACGAUCGAAUUGCAGGUGUUCUUGUUUGAUCAUUUACUGCUCAUGACGAAAUCAAGAAAAGGAUCCUCAUCGAGCAGUGAGGUCGAAUACCAUAUCUCUAAAAAGCCCAUUCCGCUUGCACUGCUGCAGGCUCAGGAAGCAACGGAAGGCUUUGCUGUGGGCUUGCGACAAAUGUCAAGCACUGCCUCAACAGCAACAUCCCCGCAACAGCAACACCAACUUCAAUCGUCAGUCACAUCACCCACUGGGUUUGGUAUCAGUACGGCUACUAACAGUGGCCACUGUCCAAUGCUUAUUCACCAUCUUGGACGACAUGGCGGCGACUAUCUUCUCUAUGCUGAAAACUCGUUGGCUCGCAUGGCAUGGAAGGAAAAGAUUGUGGAAGCUAAAGCUUCGUUGGAGCAUGCACAUCCGGAGCGCCAGGUCUUUGAAAUCCGUACGCUGAGCGAUACUCAUUUUGCAGGCGCAGGAUCGCAUACAGCUUUGAAUCACGGCAAAGUCACUUGCUCUAUACCGUUCGAGGGAGCCAACGGUAUCCGCAUGAUUGCAAUUGGUACCAAUUUGGGCGUUUACAUGGGUGUGGAAGGGGAUACGAGUAGCACGCGGCAGGUCCUUUCGCUAUCGGAUGUUCAUCAAAUUGCUGUAUUGGAGGCAAACCAUAUUCUAGUUGUGUUGGCAGACAAAACACUGUAUGCAUAUGCAUUACAAGGGCUUGACCCCACAGCUUCUAGCAAUAACAACAAUAGCAGCAGCAGCAAAAGUCCUGUUCAACCAAGCCAGAAAAUUGCUCAACACAUUUCAUAUUUCUAUGCGGGAGUAUGCAACGGUAGAACGCUAGUAGUUGCCAUGAAACGACGCGGUAUGGAUAGUCAUUUUCGUGCAUAUGAGCCCGUAUGCGGCGAUUUGCGCCAUCCAAAGAACGCAAAGUAUCUUGCCACGAAAUCAGGCCUCUUCAAUAUCAAACAACCACCAGCUUGGUUCCAUGUAUACAAGGAAUUCUACAUUGGUGCCGAUUCUUCCGCUGUACAUUUAUUAAAAGCACGCGUUGUCGUCGUAUGCACACGUGGUUUCGAAAUUAUCGAUCCAGAACAUCUGACGAUGAAUCGCAAUCUGCCAGACGUUAAGCAUCCGGACUUUGCACCUCUUGUGCAACGAGGUGAUGAUAUCAAGCCAUUGGGUAUGUUCCGUUGCGGUGGACAUUAUCUGCUGUGCUACGAUGCAUUUGCUUUCUUGGUGGAUAGUCACGGUACGCUGAUCAAGAACUCGUGGAUCGAGUGGGAAGGCACGCCUCAAUCCAUCGCGUUUUGUUAUCCGUAUGUUGUUGCAUUCGAUCCUCGAUUUAUCGAAGUGCGGCACGCUGAAUCGGGUGAGCUGGUUCAGAUCCUAGCCGGCGAACACAUGCGAUGCUUACAGUUCACCAGCAGUGUAACGUCACCAGGCUUAUUUGCGCCAAUCAUUCAUGGCUGCAUGGCGCAUCCCUUCAAACCAGACUUUCAAUAUGUUUUCCAACUUGUUACCACAUUCCAGCCAACAGCAGUCUAGAUAUUAUUAUUGGAUUCUCUUUUCUCUUUCCUUUCAAAACACACAGCACACGCGUAGUAUAGCACCUCAUCCUAAUUAAUUCAUAUACCAUCCAACAAAAUUAACACUCAGAACACCACACACAACGCAUACAUCUAAACUAUUCACAUAAUCAAUAAUACAACAAUGCUCUUUUUUUUUUUACUAUAUUGCAUUAAACUAUGUACAAAAAUUGA